AUGGUUAAGAUCACAAGUUUCACCACGAGGGACGUGAGGUUUCCCACUUCCCUCGAUAAGACCGGCUCCGAUGCCAUGAACGCCGCAGGCGACUACUCCUCCGCCUACUGCAUCAUCUACACUGACUCUGACUACACCGGACACGGCAUGACCUUCACCAUCGGCCGCGGCAACGAAAUCGUCUGCUCCGCUAUUUCCCUCCUCGCUCCCCUCAUCGUCGGUAAAGACCUCGAUGAGCUCACCGCUGACUGGGGUAAGACCUGGCGCUACCUGGUCUCCGACAGCCAACUGCGCUGGAUUGGACCCGAGAAGGGUGUUAUUCACCUGGCCCUUGGUGCCGUCGUCAACGCUCUGUGGGAUCUGUGGGCCAAGACCCUGAACAAGCCUGUCUGGCGCAUCGUCGCGGACAUGACUCCCGAGGAGUUCGUCCGCUGCAUUGACUUCCGCUACAUCACUGAUGCCAUCACACCCGAGGAGGCCAUUGCCCUCCUGAAGGAGGUCGAGGCCGGCAAGCAGGACCGCAUCAAGGAGGCGGAGCAGAGCCAGGCUGUACCGGCUUACACUACCAGCGCGGGAUGGCUGGGAUAUGGUGAGGAGAAGCUGAAGGUCCUUCUCAAGGAGAGCGUUGAGCAGGGAUACAAGCACUUCAAGCUGAAGGUUGGCGGAAACGUCGAGGAAGACCGCAGGAGACUGGCUAUUGCUCGUGAAGCCAUUGGUUAUGAUAAGGGUAACAUCCUCAUGGUUGAUGCCAACCAGGUCUGGUCCGUCCCCGAAGCCAUCACCUGGAUGCAACAACUCGCCGAAUUCAAGCCCUGGUUCAUCGAAGAGCCCACCUCCCCCGACGACAUCCUCGGCCACGCCGCCAUCAAGAAGGCCCUCCAAGACACCCCCUACGGCCCCAUCGGUGUCGCCACCGGUGAAAUGUGCCAGAACCGCGUUGUCUUCAAGCAGCUCCUGCAGGCAGGAGCCCUGACCGUUCUGCAGGCUGACGCCUGCCGUGUCGGCGGUGUCAACGAAGUUCUGGCCAUUCUGCUGCUCGCGCGCAAGUUCGGCGUGCCGAUUGUGCCCCACUCCGGUGGUGUCGGUCUGCCUGAGUACACGCAGCACUUGAGCACGAUUGAUUACGUGGUGGUUAGUGGAAAGAAGAGUGUGCUGGAGUAUGUGGAUCACUUGCACGAGCAUUUCGUGCACCCGUCUAGCGUCAAGGAUGGAUACUAUGUCACCCCGAUGGAGCCCGGGUAUAGUGUUGAGAUGAAGGCGGAGAGCAUGGAUGCAUUUUCGUUCCCUGGUGAGGAGGGCAAGAGUUGGUGGAGGUCGGAGGAGGCGAAGACCAUUUUGGAGGGUCCCCGGAUAGUAUAA